UGCAAAAACAUCGAUACAUCGAUAGUGCCACGAUGUUUUCUCCACCUCUAAAUUUGAUGUAAAGCGAAAAUCGGUUUUCGGCAUAGAAAUUGGACAUUUUCAAUCAGAAAACUUUAUUAAAAAAUGCAAAUUAAAUCUUUUAAUAAAAUAUUUAGUGAAAAAACCAAUAUAAACUGUCAGAAGUUAAGGUAAAACAUGGACAUUGUAAUAGCGUUCCAUUUAAACUAGUUCCACAAACAUGUGUGCGUGUUAAGGAACAAUACAAAUUCACUAAUAAACAGCAAAAAAGGAAAUGAAAACGGUAAUGAGCAAAACGUGUAAUACAGAAAAAUUGCUAAAAAUAGUGACGAAUGCAGGAACAAAAAAUAAUUGUGUAAACUAAAAAGUUCUACUAGUUCUUGGUGAUUUGUAAGGAAAAAUACAAGUUUUAUGCUAUCAAUUUGAUUGAAUUUAAGAAUUAUACUAAGUACUGUGUUUCACAAUACUAGGUACUCGUAGUAUCGCUGGGGGGAGAUUCUGUAACCAGUUACCGACAAUUUGACCACUGAAAUUUAUGGACGAAAAAAGUAGCAACGCAGGAUAAAAAUGCUUUUAAAGUGCGCAAAAACUACUGGGAGCAGUGCCGCCAGCAGCUCCAGUCCUUCCACUACGGCUAAUGCUCGUGUAACAGGUAUGCGCAUGACCAUGUCAACUGCAUCAACGAUGACGGCACGCAUUCAGCGCAAAGGCUUUCGUACGCCCUCGAAACGGUAUCCGGGCAAAGCGAUACCUGGAAAGUUGCAUUCUGUUUCACGGAUUGGUCCCGGUAAAAUGGUUCCCGGUAAACGGUUACCCCAACGGCCGCAUCCACCACCCUGCGAUAAUUCUAAUGACAGUGGUUUUGGAUUUGAUCAGCAUCUUGAAGUGCAACAGCAGCAGCAACAACAACAACAACAGCAGCAAAUGCAAGCGCAACAUCAUCAGCACAUGGCCAGUGGUGGCACUGGUGGUAGUAGCAGUAGUAGUAGUUGUAGUAGUAGUAACAGCGGUAGCGUUAGCCCAGGUAGCGGUAGUGAUCUUAUGCAAAGCAACAACACUGCCACCAACCUUAGCAUUGGUAAUAGCAACAACAACAAUAACGGUCAUCAUCAUGCUAGCCACCAUCAUCAUCAUCAUCAUGGACAUGGACAUCACAGCUCGGCGUCAAUGCAACAUUCGACGCAUCUCAUUCGUGCCAUACCGGCCUCAAGAUCAACACCUAGUAAGAAAUUGCCAUUUAUCAACUCAAUCGACGAUGAAGAAGACUGCUUUGAAGAUUUUUGUACUGAUGACUCGAAUGACUACUACCGCCAGCGCUUGAACUCAGAUUCGAAUAGUCAACAAUCGAACAUGGGCAACAGUCAUAAUAAUCAGCAGACACAACAACAACAAUACUCCGAGGAUGAGCAGUCGCGCAUCGUCGGCACCAAUGCCAAGAGAAAGAAGCUCGAAAGCUUUGUGGAACUAGACAAUGAUGAUGCAUGCAGUGAGGAUGUCUUCAUACGGAAAAUCGCUAGCGCCAGCAAUAUGGAAACAACUAUUGAAGUGCCGCCGCCGCCGCUGCCGCCGCCAAAGUUAAUGCUCGAAUCCAUAGCGGUACCAACAAAAUUUAUACCCACAGGACCACGUAGCAUGACACGCGUGGCUCACAAACGCCAGCCAUCAGUACCGCAAAACACAGUGGUGACUUCGUCGAACGGGCGUGUGCAGUUGGAAAUUGUUUCGCAACCUGAGCAACAGCAUCGUGCGCGUUACCAGACAGAGGGCAGCCGUGGCGCUGUUAAGGAUCGCAGUGGCAACGGUUUUCCCAUAGUCCGCCUCAUGGGCUACAAUAAGCCCGCAGUUUUACAAGUUUUCAUCGGCACAGAUAUUGGUCGCGUCGCACCGCACAUGUUCUAUCAAGCCUGCAAGGUGGCAGGCAAAAAUUCUACGCAGUGUAAUGAGAAGAAAGUGGAUGGCACCAUGGUUAUAGAAAUCGAUUUCAAACCGGAAACGGAUAUGACAAUUACUUGCGAUUGCGUUGGCAUACUCAAGGAACGCAACGUCGACGUGGAACAUCGUUUUCCAGAUCAUUUGGCGCAGAAGAAUAAAAAGAAAUCAACCCGUUGCCGCAUGGUGUUCCGUACACAAUUGGCACAUGAUGAUGGCACUGCGGAAAUGUUGCAAGUCUGUUCGAAUCCAAUUAUCUGCACACAACCACCUGGCAUACCAGAGAUUUGCAAAAAGUCACUUAAUUCAUGCCCCGUCGACGGUGGCCUCGAACUUUUCAUUAUCGGCAAAAACUUUCUCAAAGAUACGCAUGUUUUGUUUCAAGAAACCUUCGAGAAUGGACCGCCAAGUGAUGCUGCAACAGAGCUAGCCGUACGCCAGCAUUUAGGUGGCGCUUUAUGGGAACAAACAGUGCUACCUGAUAAGGAAUAUCUGCAACAAACGCACCUUAUAUGUGUUGUACCACCUUACAUUCAUCAGAAUAUACUCAAGCCGGUUACUGUGCAGUUGGUAAUUAUUUCCAGUGGCAAAAAGAGUGAGCCUCACACAUUCGUUUACACGCCGAAGGGCAGUUAUUCGACCUUGGCAGCUGCUACGACACUAAGUACUGGCUUACAUAGUAGCUUAUCAGUGGCACAAGAUGCUGGCACAUUCAUGGAUACAUCGAACCCCUUGGCCCCACCAAUGGGCGGAGCUGGUGGCGCAGUACUUUGGCCAGCGCCAGAAACCAAACAUGAAAUCGAUUCAGGUAUGAUGCCGCCACCAAUCACUACACAAAUGCCGAUGGGCGUGCGACGCCCUUCAUUGCCCACAGCCACACCCAUGCUGACAGAUCAACAGUUGGCCCAUCUAAAUGUUGCCGAAACACUCAAGACUGAGCUGAUCGACGAAACGUCGCAAAGUUCUUUGGCUGAGUCGAUACAGCCGACAGAUGCCGUUAUGGCCAAUUGUGGCGCACCCAUCAGUCCCACAGCUGCCAUGCAGUUUCACUCACACUAUGACCGCAAAACUAGCAUGGACACAAUGAUGUAUGAUUCGAACAGCAUGCCGGCCUUUCCAGUACCGCCGCCACCUUCCGUAGCAGCUGCUGUUGAGUUGGCCGUCAAGACGGAAAUCGCUAAAGUUGUGGCACAGCAACAGCAGGCAGUCGCAGUGGACAAAUUCAUCACCGAUUUGACCAAAUCCACCGCAGUGGCAGACGACCUGAAUGUGGCCGCCGUGGUUGCUGCAGCGGCUGCGGAGGAGUCGCUUUUCGGUGGCGUUGGUGGUGUUAAUAGCGCCGUUGGUCCGGUCAUUGAUCAUCCGUUCGGUGAUAUUAUGCAGCAGGCAAAUGCACAGCAACAGCCUCCUGUACUCGAACGCAGCUUAUCCAUAUCGAGCAACUCUUCCUCUCACUCCAACAGCUCGAGCGGUUCUUCGCCCCACAACAGCUUGACAGCUACGCUUUCGGUAUCGCCGAAUAAUUCGCUGAAUGGUCAUAAUUCUCCCAUCACCCAGGAUAUUAUAUUGAACUCGGACCCCGCCGCUGUGCUGAAUGCCAUGCCAAUGCAACAACUCUUGCCCGCUCCACUGGGUGGCAACAGCGCUGCAGCCGUUUCAGCCAACGCAGUGGUCGAAGCUGCCGUUGCCGUUCCAGGUGGAACGACCACUGGCGCAGCAGUCGCCGAUCCCAAUAGUAUCUCCACUGAAAUGAUCAUGAAUCCCGCAGUUUCACCGUCCACUAUUUUGUGUUCAGCUAAUGGUGCUGCCACUGCGGUGGUGCCGAAUAUCAUGGCGCCACACCAAGUCACCAUGGCCAAUUCGAUUUUGAAUGACAUUGCAAUGCAGCCGCAGCCAACACAACAAGAUGCUGCCGUGGCAGCGCUUGCGCUCAGCAAUAUUAUAAUGAGUCCGCCGAAUACGGCUGCUGCGGUGGUUGAUAAUGUUGCCAAUGCGGAACAGGCAGCUGAACAACCUGUGACUGUGGCAACAUCCACUGCUGUCAGUAAUAUGAUUAUUAAAGCUGCGGCCGAUUUAAUAUCUAAUCAGGAGCAACAACAACAUCAUCAGCAGCAACAACAACAUCACCAGCAGCAACAACAACACCAACACCGACAGCAGCAACAUCGCCUUCAGCAACAGCAUCAGCAGCAGCAGCAGCAGCAGCAACUUCAUCAUCAACAACAACAACAGCAGCAGCAACAGUCACCGCAAGCAUUGAUGAAUGGCGCGGCAGCAGCAGCUGCAGCAGCAGCGGCGGCGGCAGCGGCAGCAGCAGCAGCCUCAAAUGCCAAUACAAGUCCCUUAGUUAACUUGCUUUUAAACCACCCAGACGUGUCGCCAUCUGCAGCAGUCGCGGCAGCAGCAGCGGUCAAUGAAGUUCAGUCACAAUUCUCUUUGGGCAUUCCUCCCACAACGCCACAGGAAUCUCUCAUCGUCGCAUUGGCCACGGAAAAUUCUAUGCAAAAAUCAGUAGCAGCCGCUGCCGUGACUACAAAUGGUGCCAUCGUUACUCAACAAACAUCAGCUGCGGCGGCAGGCAUUCAUCCUGGCGCUGCGGUCGGACCUGUACCUCUUCAACCGCCUAUUCCGCAAGAAUUGACCACUAUGUCAGAUCAAGACUUGAUUAGCUACAUUAAUCCAAGCACAUUUGACCAAAUCUAAAAGCACGAGCGAAACCGAUUUCGAAAGGGUAAACAACGAAUAGAGCACAUUUUUGUGUAAUGCUAAAAGCAUUCAGAGGCAUUGAUUUAAGGCAACGAAUGUUUCACGACCACAGCGCUGACUCUAUUGGCUAGCGUAAUGAUCGACGAUUGCCUGCCUGCUUGCCAUUGAUGCGAAUUGAAGAAGAAGAAAAAACUACAAAUCAAAAAAUUAAAAAAUAUACAUAUACAUUGAGCGGCUGGUGAGAUGUGAAAUUGUCAUGGCAGCUGCAAGCAAACCUAGAACACACAAAAAACGAGCAAUUAACUAUUUUUUAACAAUAUGAAUAACGCACAUCGUAAAUACGUACUUAUGUAUGUACAUAUGUAUGUAUAUACGUAAAUGCAGUUAUACAUAUGUAUGCAUAUUUUAAAAUACCCCAAUAUAUUUGAUGUGUCUAUGUGAAACUGCCGCUUACUUGUAGGCGGUAGCGAAAAGCUUCGGUGUUAACUCAACUAUGUACGCGUUUGAAUGUCCAAUGGAAACUUCUUGGUGUUCGAUAAUUAAAAUUUUAGUUUUUUUUUGUGUUUUUGUUUAAAUUAAAGCUAUGCAGAUGUUUCCUUAAUUGGUUAUUGUUAUAAUGUGGCUGCAAUGCAACAUACAAAUAAGCAAAAAACAUGUGUACAUACAUACAUUCUGCACUUGAAUGUUGCAUGCAUACGUCAUUAAUCAGUUUUUACUCCAAAAUGUACAAAUAAAGAGAUAAUUGUUUUUGUUAUCAAAAAAAAAACAUUAAAUACAAUUACAUAUUGUAUUGCUCCAUUGCACAAACAGGUCGAUCACAAGGGCUCUGAAUGAAGAAGGAAGCACAAUAAGAAAAGUCAAAUUAUCUCAGAAUAAAUAAAAUCAAAAACAAAUAUACUUAUUACUGCCAUAAGUCAAGUAAAGAAUUGAAGAAUUGUUAUUCGAUGAACUUGUCUGUAAGAUUUGAAUAGCGCUGCUCGUUUGCAUGUACGUACCUAUGUAGAUAUGAAUGUAUGUACAUAUGUAUAUGUGGGGUACAUGUUCGCGAGACUAAAUCUAUAUAUAAUAUAUAUAUAUACA